AUGAAUACGUUGUCAACCAUUUGUUAGAAACAUAUCAAACACAUAGAAGGUAGCUUAUGAAUAUAAUAGUUAGCAUUCUGUUCAGAUGAUUGUUCUUUGUUAUGUAUUAAUUGCAUUCUGUAUGAUGGUCAUAAAGGACAUUAAUUUUAAUCUCUUGAAGAUGUAUUCUUAUUCUCUAUUUAGAGUUUACGAAUGGAAUUAAAUAGAUUCUACUCAAUCUCUGAAAAUGUUCAAUUAAAUCAUUAGAAAGCCAUUAAACAAUUUUAAUAGUUAGCAUAGAUGAAUGACUAACUUGACAUUGAGUAUUAGAGAGUUAACAUAGAAAUCUCCAAAUUUUUUAAUUCAAUUCGCUAAUCUAUUCAAGAACGAGAAUCCAAACUGCAAGAACAAGUAAACCACUUAACCAUCUAUCUCUUAGUUAAAUCAGUCACUUAUCAACUAGAAAUAACAAAUAUCUCAAAACUAAUAAAAGCUACAAAUACAACUAUAAGAUAUUAAUGAUUAUUUGCAAGAAUUAUAAGAAUUAGAUGAAAAAUCUUAAGAUCCUAUUAAAUUUCUAUAAACAACAUAAAAUAGAACUAAACUCAUUAAUAAAUUACCUAAAUCAAUAGUUACAAUAGAUUAAACCAUCAAAUUUCCAGAAUUAAAUAAAGAACAAGAAAAUUAAAACAUUAUUAAAAUUUUAUCUAAAAAGGUUAUUUCAUAGUAAGUUUUACCUCCUCCACCUACUUAAUAGACUGCAUCCACUUAAUAAAAAAUUGUUUAAUCUAUUAAAAAAUAAAGUAACAAUUAGUAGUAAUAGUCUUAUAAUGCUUAAUAUCAAUAAUAAUAGAAUUAAAUACUUUAGUAAUAAUAAUCUCAAUAAUAAUAAUAAAAAAAAAUGAAUCAAUCAAAAAAGGUUCCAUUAUGUGAAACUAAUGGACCUUGUGCUGUUCAAAUUAAUCUUAAAAAGAAAGUAGAAGAAAAAUAAAUUAAUUAAGUAAGAUUAACAAACUUUUAAGAAGCUAGAAAUUAAAUGAAAGAAAGAAAUUAUGAAAAAAGUGUAGAAAGAAGAAAAGAUAGAGAUCAUAGUACUCCUAGAAGAUUAUUUAAAAAUUAAUCAAAAGUUAGUUAAGAUCCAUAAUCACCUUUUUUACAUUAGGAUGAUUCAAAAUAAGAAUUUAAUAUAUUUCUAAAUUCAAUUCAUGAUUUUGAACCUGAAUUGACUAAUGUAAGUCAUAUGUCAAUGGAUUAUCAAUAUAUUACAAUUGGUGGUUUUGUUGAUAGUUUAAAAUAAAUAGUUGAAAAAUAUGAUAUUAAAACUGAUUAUGCUAGUGAAAAAGAUUAAUUAAAAAAUAAUAGAUGUAAAUUUGGAAUAGCACAUUUAAUAAAUGGAAAUAUAUUAUUAAUGGGUGGUAAAGUUGAUGGUGUUCGUAUUGAUACUUGUGAAGAAUAUAAUUAUAAAGAUAAAAAAAUUGUACCAUCAAAAAUUAAGUUACCAUCAUCCAGAAGUGGAUUCGGAACAUUAAAUGUUAAUCAAUUUAUUUAUAUCAUUGGUGGAAAUGAUGGUCAAGGUAAGUAGGAUUAUCUAAUUUUUUAGAAAAUUUAAAAGAUUUCGACUGUUUUAAUUAGAUUGACAAUAAUUGGAUUAAAUUUCCAUCCAUGAUUGAAGCUAGAGAUGAAUUGGCUAUCUGUAUGUAUGAUAAUGCUAUUUUUGCUAUAGGAGGGUUUGGAGGAACAUGUAAAUUAUUAAUAUAAUAUCAAUUAGUUAAUACUUGUCUCAAAACUGUUGAAGUGUUUACUUCUGGAAAAUGGGGUCAUUGUGCUCCAUUAAAUAUACCAAGAAGAGCUUUAGCAGGUGUUUCCUUGCCUGAUGGUAUUUAUGCAAUUGGAGGAUUUGAUGGAACUUAAUAUUUGAAUAGUGUAGAAAAGUAUGAGGAUGGUCGAUGGACCUUAAUAGAGUCUAUGAUUCAUCCAAGAUGCACAUUAUCAGCAUUACCAACUCCAGAUAAUUAAUAUAUUUAUGUAUUUGGAGGUUUUGAUAAUGGUCCAUUGGAUUCGGUUGAAAAGUAUCAUUAUCUAUUUAUAUUCAAGAUAUUCAGUAUUGAGCGGUAAUUGGGAAGAAAUAAAUUCUAUGUUGGCUAAACGAUUUAUGCAUUAAACUUUUAUUACACUAGCAUGA